CGAUGACCUCAAGUUCCCACACCCAAUAUCUCUGCAGAUAGUAUAUAUUCACUUAUCGUGGUCGGUUUUAGGUGCCGUUUGCACUCUCCCAGACGGCCAACUAUCCACCCUGAAUACCUGUACAUCCAACUGGCCCGCUGCAACAUACGCCGCUCAUUGUCGAAAUCUAACAACACGACCGUCCUCUGUACUGUCUGCUCGGUACAUUACAGGCACAAUGGGUCGCACAUACAGAAUCUAUUUGGCAGGAGAGUCUGUACUGAUGUGCAGACAUUGCGGGAAUCAUCUAGCCGUUAGUGAAGGUAUCAUCUCAAAGCAAUUCACUGGCCAGCAUGGUCGAGCUAUCCUAGUCCACACAGUAGUAAACGCAUACAGCGGUGAGGCCGAAGACAGAGAGAUGCGCACUGGAAGGCACACGGUGAGAGAUAUCUACUGCCGGGUGUGCCAUACCACUCUUGGCUGGAAAUAUGACUUUGCCUUUGAGCAUGACCAGAAAUAUAAGGAAGGCAAAUACAUUCUCGAGCGAGAGAUGAUCACUGAGAAGCCAGAGCGUCGUGACAUUAUCAGCGGGAAGCCCCGUAUCGAAGAGAUACCGAUCCGCGAAAUUCUCGCUAGAGUUUAAUGCUCCUCAACCUUCUGCCUUUCGGCUUAUCAAAGAACUGUCAGUAUCUCGAGUUUUUACUUCUCAUCACCCUCAACCGUAGCCUAUCAUCCACCGGUUUUGGCGUCGACCUCUAUUCGCCUCUGUAACCUUAUUCGACGGUGUUGUUGCCACUUCGAUUUCCUCAUUGUCUUUUAUGUGUUGAUAUUUACUAUUUCUGACGACCUUUUGCUAUGUCCCCUUUCGUAUUUCGUUAUUCUUAUGCCAUUAACUGUUAUUGACUCGUGACUAACCUC